GUAGAUGGAUCAAUAAAAAAAGCGACCCAUACGGACGCCAUAUUGACCAAAACAAAAUGGCAGAACAAGAGAAUAGUUGACAAAGUCUGCUGGCUUUCAUUGACAGAUGCGUCCCGUGACACAAUAAAUCCGCAACAAACAACUAUUAGAUCUGCUUCUGUGAUCGUGGUGCUGUAUCACACCUCUGAGUCACUAUGAUCAAGUUCCUGCUGAUGGUGAACAAACAGGGGCAGACUCGCCUCUCUAAGUAUUAUGAAGCAGUGGAUCUUGGGAAGAGAGCAGCUCUGGAGGCUGACGUGGUGCGUGGAUGUCUGGCCCGGAGGAAGGAAGAGUGCUCAUUUGUAGAGUAUAAGGACUAUAAACUGGUCUAUCGCCAAUAUGCAGCUCUUUUCAUUGUUGUUGGCGUCACUGAAAAUGAGAAUGAACUCUCUAUCUAUGAACUUGUGCACAACUUUGUGGAGGUGCUAGACAAAUAUUUCAGUCGUGUGAGUGAGCUGGAUAUCAUGUUUAAUUUAGACAAAGUACACAUUAUUCUUGAUGAAAUGAUCCUGAACGGACACAUCGUGGAGACCAAUAAGAACAGAAUACUGGCACCACUACUGGCCCUGGACAAGAUGACUGAAAGCUGAUCUGAUGUUAAUGACCAGUCAUCAUUGCUUUGCUACAAAUAAAUGUGUUUUUCUUUGUGUCACCAUUCUAAA